CUGCCGAGGGUUUGGGAUGCGUGAGCUGCUCCAGGGCAGAGCUCAGGUGGCACCAUGAGCGCUCUCAGGGAGCUGCUGCUGUGCCUGGUGCUGCUGCUCCCCUGCGCAGCUCUGCCCAGGAAACAGGAGAGGGGUUCCCUGCUGGAGCUGAGCCUGCUGGAGGAGCUGGGGCUGGAAGCAGGAGGGAGAAAGGUGGGGAAUGGAAGUUCGCAGGAGUCCCCCAGGUCCAGGAGGGCUGCUGCCGCUCGCCUCUCGUCCGAGGCCGAGGCGGGAGGCGGGUGCCCGCAGGGAGUGGCUGAGGAGGGGGGCCCGGGCGGGUCCAGCCCGCAGCCCUGGCCCCUCGGGGGCCUGGAGGGACCCGUGUGCAGGGUGAGGAUGGAGCAGGACGGGGCCGGCCCCAGGCACCUGGAGGUGGUGGGUGUGCUCAGCCACUACGAGAGCAGCUUCAUCAAACUGCUGAGGCGGCGCCGGAGCUGGGACGGGACCUUCCCCGGGACCUUCGGGCUGUGCCCGGCCCGGGGGGCGGGGGCGGCUCCCCAUCCCCUGCAGCGCAUCCACGAGCACGUGCUGGAGCCGGGGCUGCAGAGAUUCCUCGUCCUGCACCUGGAGGAAGUGCAGUGGGAAGCGCAGGUGAAGCUGCGGUUCCAGCUGGUUUUCCAGGCGGAGGUGGGACGGGCUCUGGGAGAGCUGCAGGCGGCCGUGAUGCUCUUCUACCUGGGCCGCCGGGAGAGCUCCGGGCCCCCGCGGGAGCUGCUGCUCACCGGCCCGGGGCUGGCGCGGGACCAGAGGCUCUGCCUCUCCAGGGACACGCAGUUCCUGGCCCUGGCAGCCGCCGCGGCCUCGGUCACCCGCAGCGCGGAGCGGCUCCGCUUCUCGGCGUCCCUGGCCAUCCACGGCGGCGCGAGAGGUGCCCCCCUGCCCCGCACGGAGGUGCAGCAGCUCCUGUUCGGCUCCGAUGACAAAUGUUUCACCCGCAUGACCCCGGUGCUGCUGCUGCUGGCCAAGACACGGCAGCAGGAGGAGGAAGAGGAGGAAGAAGAGGCUUUGGCCCCAUCCUCCUAUCUCUCUGCUGAGGGGGUGGUGGACACGGCUCCGUACCCACAGCUCAGCCCAGCCCAGGCCGGGAGCGAGGAGCUGCCGACCCCCACUGCCCCGAGCCACGCCAACACCUCAUCCCCAGCGCCCGGGGGCAGCGCCCAGUUCCUGGCGGUCCUGACCCAGUUCAUCCGGCAGCUCCUGAACUCCUCCAGUGAGCCGCCCCCCCAGCCCAGUGCCCACCACUGGCUGGACUUUGAGGUGAUGGAGACCCUCCCUCACCAGCUGCUCAACCUGUCGGAGGAGGCGGCGCUGGAGCGCCUGGUGCAGUCGGAGGAGCCCUCGGUGCUGCUGCUGCCCCAGGACAGCGGGGCCGUGCUGGAGCAGCACCUGGGGGACUGGCAGCCGGAGGGCACCGUGCUGCAGCUGCUGACGGGCAAACUGCAGCUGCUCAUCCAGGAGCUCAGGGACAUCCCGGCUUUCCAAGCCAACGCGGCGCUUUUCCAGCACCUCCUGGGCUUCUGCUACUUCCCAGCCGAGCCGGGCCAGGCCGGGCCGGCCGAGCGGGGCCGGGACCCGCGGAAGCUGCGCACGCUGCUGCUGCUGAAGGCGCUGCAGUCGGUGCGGGCGCGCUGGCAGGAGCACAGGAAGGCGCAGCGGCAGAACCGCAGCGCGCGGCACCAGGCGCACUGCCGGCUGCAGGAGCUCACCAUCGACCUGCGCGACCGCCACUUCAUCGUCAUGCCCACCGCCUACGUGGCCAACAACUGCGAGGGGCCCUGCCGCCUGCCGCUCUCCUCGCGCAUCUCCAGCUACUUCUCGCACACGGUGCUGCUGCUGGACGUGCAGGAGCGCGGCUCGCCGCUGCGCAGGGCUCCCUGCUGCGUGCCCGUGCGCUACUCGGACCAGCUCAUCAUCAGCCUCUCCUCGGACGGGCUGGAGAUCCGCAAGUUCCCCAACAUGGUGGCAGAGGAGUGCGGCUGCCGGUGAGGCUCCCGCUCGCCCCACCCCGGCCCCUCUGUCCCGGUUUGCCCUCCCGGCUCGGGAUCUGGUGCUUCUCGCCGAGACGGGAGCUCCCGUGUGUCCUUUCCCCGUGGUUUGGUUCGUUAGCGUCGCUCUGGUUCUGGGUUCGUCCAUGCCUGUCCCUGGGGCUGCUCCUGUUCCCUGGGAUGUCCCCGCUCCCGCUGCUGAUGCCCGAAGUGCCCGCGGGGCAGUUUGGGCUGGGUCCGGGCACGGCAGGGCUGUGCCGGGAGGGCAAAGCUUGGCAGAUCCAGGCAGGACCAUUCUCAUUUAUCCCUCACUCUCGGCUCCUGUCGUGGCUGGGAAGGGCAGGUGCUGCUUCUCCAAGCCUUGC